AUGCGUGUGCCAGAAGCCACCACCGCCGCCAACGGGAACACCACCACCACCGACAGCAUCACGGCACCACCACGGGCUCGCUCUCUCUCUCCGGCUGCAGAGAGGAGGCAUGUCAGCAUGCGGACUCCGCCAUUACCUUCGCCCGUUGAUCCUCUCGCUUCUAUGACAUCUCCUGGCCAGCACCAUCACCACCGGCGACUCUCCCGUUCACAGCGGGUGGACAUCGACUUCCAGCACGACCAGCAGAGCGAGAGCCAGAGCCAGGCCUACCAGCACCGGCAGCAGGGCCAGACGUCAUCAAUUCUCGUCCCAGACCUGACGCAAUCGGCACCGCGUCGUGAUACCAACACCACUCCCAAACCGUUCUCGCGCCCUUCCGAGUUUGCUACUCCCGGAAACAGCAAUGAUGCGGCGGCGCCUGCUUUCAACCAGCCAGAUCUUGACCUGACCGAUGCUGGCUUGGAUCAAUCCGCUCAGAGUAAGAAACCAAGCGGCGCCAUGCUGGAAGAGUUGCGGAAACGCAUGGGUGAAACCAUCAUGAACCAACAGCAGCAACAGCAGCAACAGCAGCAACAGCAGCAACAACAGCAGCAGCAGCAGCAGCAGCAGCAGCAGGCGGCUCAGUAUUACUACGCUCAUGAAUCUGUCUCCACAGACUCUGGAUUUACCGAUUCGGACACCAACAUGACUCCCAAUACUUCGGACGAAAAGGUCCCUCAGUCCAGCCAGUCGUCGGCCCCGAGAUCACCAACAUUUUCGCGAUCAACUAGACCACCAAGUCUGCCGCAACGGUCGUUGGUGGCUUCUUCGUCUCCGUUCGACAUACAAGCAAAUAAAGCCGUUGCUGAGCAAGAUCCUUAUCUAUCGACCACCUCGAACGCGAAUGCCAAUGCGACUGCGACUGUAAACGGACUUGGGUUCCAUCACCAGCCUCAGACACCGUAUCUACAUUCCCCACGGGGUGCUAAACCGAAGAGGCGGCCUGUUAGGCAUCCGUACACGGCUGAUACGUUGAAAAGGAUGAACGAGAUGCCGGCCGCUUCAAUAGAAGCUGCCGUGACUGAUUUCCUACCUCCUGGCACUGCACCGAUCACCGACGACUCGCCUUAUCCUACGCCAAAUCUGUACGAUAUCACUCUUGCGCUAAACGCCGACCCAGGUCUUGACGGAUGGUGGUCAAAUGUGGUACCGAUUCUAAAGACUCAUUACGGCGCUGAAAGGCUUACACUUGCGGUUCCGGGUGAUGCAACGGAUCUAGAAAAUGUUCCAUGGUUGCAAAAGGCUACAUAUAGCAUAUAUGGGAACGAACAGGUUCUUGUUUCGUCACCACCGCCAAUCACCAAGGCGGAUAGUGAAAGGUUCUCUAGAGGACGCUUCAGCGAUACCACGAAGGAGGACGGUAACACCCUCAAGUAUACCAAAUCUGUCACUGGUAGCCGUCGUCCGAAGCUGAUAGGCCGUCAUUCCUUUGCUGGACAUGCAUCGUAUUCUGCGGAGAAAUGGAGCGCUGACGAGACACCCGGAACUCCUUCUCCCCUGAAAGGUCGACAUUCGCGGCGGAAAAGCUCGAGUGGAGAGUUUAGGAAACCGCGCAAGCAUCUGCGAGAGGAUGAGAUCAUGGCCGAUGUAUGUGAUUACACGAUUCCUUCGAGUGGCACCUUUCAACGGAACCAAUCUCGUCGACCCAGCAGCAGCGAACAACCAGGAGUUGCAUCGGGACCGCCGAGCCCAACUGCUGUUGUUUUCCCUGUUCCUCGAGCCUUGGAGGUCGAACCUGAACCUCUGAUAAAACGGACGGGCGUGGUUAAGCUGUUUGGCCGCACAAAGCCAGUUGCCCUCACAAGGGAAUAUUCCGAUGACCCGAUGCAAGAUACUUCACCCGAUGCGAUCCAUAAACAUAAAGAUAUCAUACAACAUACCCCACGCUCCGAGGCACCGGGGACACCGCUGAAAACAUCCAUGUCUUCCCACCGCGCCACCCCGCUCACUCUUAGCCUAGCUUCUGCCCAAGAACGCAGGGGUAUCCCAAAAUCCACUCGUAUGGACCACGAAUACCCAAUUCCCUUUGACCCCUCACCACCCGCGCAAAAGUACGAAGAGUACGAACAAACUCCUCCAUCCCCUUGGUCACAAUCUCCCGCUCCGUCUCCAGCGCCCCUCCUAAAACCCGACGUCAAUCCAUUCUUUGCCGAAUCAUAUAAUGAAGUAAACGAAGAUGCAUUCGCCUCUAGUCCUCCGCCUCACGAUUAUUCGGAAACAGCGCCUUUGGAAGCCAUAGGCAUCGAUCGCGCUAAGACUGUCAUUCAUAUUCCGCUCAUUCAUUCUGCCUCGUCACGACAAGGCAGGUCAGAUACUCUACGCUUCCCAGUUGCUGUCAUUUCCAUAUUAGCACCUAUAAUUCCAUACCCAACUAAUCUCCGAAGCUCGCUUGCCCUGUUGCUUCCCCAUCUCACGACUUCUUUUUGUCUCGCACAGCAAUAUAGUCAGCUAGAAAAGCAGAACGCCAGCUCUUCUGUCGAGCGGUAUGGCCACCUUUUGGGCCUCGGUGGCACAUUCUCAGACGCUAAUAGCGAGCUUGAGCUUAUCAAUGGUCUAACAGGCCAUGUCAACUAUUCGAGUCCAUUGACCCAGCUAGGGGGUGAUGCAGCGGGCGAAGGAUAUUUCAGGAUCAGAAGCCCGCCAGCCAACGAGUCUAUUGCGGCAACGACAACAGCGAUGGCUAACCAAAGUAACCAGGGGACUCCAAAUGAAGGGCUAGCAAUUGCAAUUCCUCCAUCACAGCAAAAAACGGCAUACGACGAAUUGACCUCAAGAGAUCCAGGUCUCGUGCACACCCCCUCGAUUGCUGAAGUUCCGCUAAAAGCAAGUCAAAAUACGCCACAAAUGCUCUCCGACUUCUCACGUCAUUCGUCCACGGGCUCUUUCACCGCUCAGUGGCACCGGGAGAUACCUUCGCGGCCUUUCCCGGACACUGUAGCCCAGCUAAUGCUUAACUCGAUUCCAUUACAUCUAUUUCUUGCGAAACCACACACUGGCGAAGUUAUUUGGACUAAUGCGAAAUUCGAUGCCUAUCGACGAAGCCAGCCGAUGGAACCGCGUGUUCGCGAUCCAUGGCAAAACGUUCAUUCGAGCGAGUACGAAAAAGUAUCUAAACAAUGGAACAGGGCGCUACGUACCGGAUCGCAAUUCACCGAGCGUGUGCGCGUGAGGCGGUUUAACGAUGAAUCUGAAUAUCGUUGGUUUAUUUUCCGUGCUAACCCCUUGAUAUCAGGCACGGGCGAGCUGUUAUAUUGGAUCGGCUCGUUUCUAGACGUUCACGAACAGCAUAUUGCUGAACGCAAGGCUGCACAGGAGCGAGAGACUUUUGCGACGGACGUCAAGUACCGAGCCCUUGCUAAUUCGAUUCCUCAGGUCGUCUUCGAAGCUGCGGAGUACAGUGGAUUGAUCUCCGUAAACGAGCAAUGGGAGCUAUAUACAGGCCAGUCCCUCGAUGAAGCGAUGACUUUAGGAUUCGCAAAGUAUAUUCAUCGCGAUGAUCUAGAGAAAUGUGGUAUCCUGUCACCUCCGCAGGUUAUUCCAGACUCAAAUGAUAUCCCAGAAUUCGCGCGUAUCAUGUCUAAUGGAAAUCUGGCUGAAACGUUGAAGCAAGCUGAAAGAUCUCGCAAGAAUUCUUCGCCGUCGUCGCCUGCGACUCCACAGCGGUAUGAAAACUCGCUAAGAGUUUUCGGCAAGGGAGUCACGCCUGCAUUACAGGAACUUGUUAGACGAGAAAUCGUCACCAUCCAGCGUGACGAGAAUGGUCGAGAUUCAUACACAACAGAAAUCAGGUUUAGGUCCCGGAAAGGCGAUUUCCGAUGGCAUCUUGUGCGGUUGGUCAAAGUUGAGACGCCUGAUUUCGGCAGCGGAGAGGCGUCGUGGUACGGCACCUGUACUGACAUCAAUGACCGGAAAUUGUUGGAGCGUGAGCUCAAUACUGCCUUGCAAAAGCUGAAUAGGGAGAUGGAGUCUAAAACGAAAUUCUUCAGUAACAUGUCUCACGAGAUUCGGACACCGCUUAAUGGAAUUCUAGGCACUAUUCCGUUUGUUCUUGAUACGCUACUUGACAACGACCAGCGACGGAUGUUGGAUACAAUUCAGAACAGUUCGACGAAUUUGCGAGAGUUAGUCGAUAACAUCCUUGACGUUUCGAAGGUAGAGGCCGGAAAGAUGAAUAUUGUUAGGCAGUGGUUCCAUGUUCGGUCGGUGCUGGAGGAUGUCAUUGAUACCAUUGGCUCGAGAGCGAUCGAUAAAGGGCUGGAGCUGAAUUAUCUCGUUGACACCGACGUUCCCUCCACGGUGUUAGGGGAUCGAUUCCGUAUUCGCCAGAUCCUUAUCAAUCUAAUGGGCAAUGCAGUCAAGUUUACCUCGCAAGGGGAGAUCUGCACCCGCUGCUCGAUCCAUGUGGACCCCAGCGUUAGCACGAAACCGUCCGAGAUACUUCUCAACUUCGAAGUGGUUGAUACGGGUAAAGGAUUCAGCUCAACGGACGCAGAACGCCUGAUGCAACGGUUCAGUCAGAUUGAAAGCAAUGGCUCACAACAGCAUGCCGGCAGCGGCCUGGGUCUGUUCUUGUCAAAGCAGCUUGUGGAAAUGCACGGAGGUCAAUUGACGCCUACUAGCAAAGAAGGCCGAGGAGCCAAAUUCUCGUUCUACGUAAUGGCUGGAGCACCGUCACAGCAGCCGCCUUUGCCUACACCCGCGCCAUCCACACCAGGCCAGACGAUAGAAGUUCCGGAGGAGGAUAGGCUGUCACGGCCACCAACAGCACCAGUUGCCACAGGUGAGGAAAAGCGACUCGCUAUUGCCAAACCGAAAUCCGAAUACUAUACAUCUACUGCAGCGCCGCCAACGGUAUAUUCACCGACAAGACCGACCGAAGCCCUCAACCCAGACAAGGCAUACAACACAGUGAUAAUUUGUCCAUUCGACUAUGCGCGCGAGGCAAUCAAGCAACAUAUUGAACAAGUCGUGCCUUACGGCGUACAGUCAAAAACAACCUCGCUCCUUGACGUGGAGGAUUGGAAGGAGUUGCGAUCUAACAAUAGCGAACCCCUAACGCACCUCGUCCUUGGCCUGCCAGACGCCAAUGAAGUGACGGAGAUAAUGACCACCCUUCUUCGCACUAGCGCCGAAGGAACGCCAUCCCCAACUCUUGUAGUUAUAGCAGACAUAUAUCUCAAACGCACCAUCACGGCCGUCUACAAGGAAAUGCUAGCGGCAGGCAAAAGCGUGUUCAUUGUUCCCAAGCCCGUCAAGCCGAGCGCAUUCUCGCUGAUAUUCGAUCCAAAGAGCGAGCGCGAGCUGAGCAAAGACCGGAACCAAGACAUGGCGCGAGAGGUCAACAACAGCUUCAAGAAUAUGUCCAAGAUCGUCAAGGAGGUUAUCGGUAAUAAGGGUUAUAGGGUUCUGCUUGUCGAGGACGAUGAGACGAACCGCACGGUUAUGUUGAAGUAUCUCGAAAAAGUCAAGCUUGUCUCUGAGACUGCUGGGAAUGGCCAAGAGUGCGUUGACAUGGUCUUCUCCAAAGAGCCGGGCUAUUACUCGCUAAUAAUCUGUGAUAUUCAAAUGCCUGUUAAAAACGGGUAUGAGACUUGCAAAGAGAUCCGGACGUGGGAACACCGCAACCACUUCCCACAAAUCCCGAUCAUGGCACUCUCUGCCAACGCGAUGAUAGACCAGAUCGACGAUGCCGCACACGCCGGGUUCAACGACUACGUCACCAAGCCGAUCAAGCACAACGAGCUGGGCAAGAUGAUGAUGGAGCUGCUAGACCCCAGCGCUCCUCGCAGCCUACUAAAGGAUCGCAAAUCGUAG